AUGAACGAUACAUUCCACCGCUUCCUCGACCUCCCCUGGGAGCUUCGAGAUAUGAUUUGGAAUUUCGCUAUCCGACCUGCCCUUCCGGGGGUACACAUAUUCAACGUCUAUCACCCCAAGAAAGACGACGGUGUCAACAGAAAUAUGGAAAUCUUCCAUCCCCAUGAAUGUUAUGAUAGCAACCGCCUUGCUGCCCCAAGGUCCAGCGAGUUCUCUGCCGGCGUCACGGAGGACUAUAGCAAUCCUUCAACAUACCUCAUCGACGGAGGAUUAUGGAGUGCCUGCAAAGAAUCUAGGCUCGUUAUGAAGCGCAAGUUCAGUGGCGUCAAGGGACGAACCUUUUACGACGACUAUAAGUCUUCCACGCCGAUGCUAUUCAAGUGGGAACUCGGCGUACCAGCAACAGGCUACUUCACUGCCCAACAUGGGGAUGUGCAUUACUUGACUGUUUUCCCACAUCGAGAUCUCUUUAUACUCCGACCGCAAAAUAUGGACACAAUUGAUUGGGAUGACUUAACCUCUCGUCUUCCCCUCGCAUCCGCCACAGAUGGUCUUGGGCCGGCCAGAAACAUCGCGUUGGAAUACAAUGCAGAAUGGGGGUUUGAGAUGAUUGACAAGUUGUUUGAGAUCUUGUUUGAGGACGGUCUCGUCAAUUUUUGGAUUUUCGACCGCCGCCUCAGACGAAGGCAUUCUGAGGAUAUUGGCUCGAUCAACUUCAUGCGCGAUGUCUCGAGGCACUUCCUGGACUAUGAAGAGCUGUCUGAGGAGUACCAGGGGACGACAGCACUGAUCCGUAUCGGGCUUCUAGGGUGUGACUGGCUCUGA